CUCGAGCAAUGUUUUGAUUCUCCGGCCGUGACGUCACUGCCAGUACUAUACAAAAAUGGUUCCUUACUUAGUUUGGAAUCGGAAAGCAAAGUGUUUUCUAACUUCAAAUGUGGCCGUGUGAGGCCAGCCACGAGGGCCUAAACUGGUUAAAAGCUGACGAAAGCUUCAAAAUUAAAAAAACAAAAAAAAUUAAAAGGAAAAAAAUGGAGGCGCACGCUGAAUCUCGACGCCGACUGCAGCGCUCUAUUGGCAGAAGAAUGUAUGAUGAAAAUGAUGACCUGUCAGAUGUGGAGGAAAUUGCCAACAUCCGGGGAUUUGAUUUGGAAGAUAAACUGAAAAGUGAAGCUUAUAAUUUAUCUUAUGUAGAUCGCAUGGAUGGCAAAGAUUUUAAUUACGAGUAUGUUCAAAGAGAAGGCCUUAGGAUUCCUCUCAUAUUCAAAGCCAAAGAUGGGUUAGGAAUCAAAAUGCCUGAUCCUGAAUUUACUGUCAGUGAAGUGAAAGGGUUAGUAGGCAGCCGACGAGCUGUGGAUGUGAUGGAAGUCAGCACACAAAAAGGCAUGGAGAUGAGCAUGGCUCAGUUUGUUCGAUACUACACAACUCCUGAGGCCGAACGAGACAAGCUUUUCAAUGUCAUUAGUCUGGAGUUUAGCCACACUAAGCUUGAAAACCUGAUCAAGCGCCCCAUAGUGAUUGACUUGGUGGACUGGGUGGACAACAUGUGGCCACGGCAUUUGAAAGAUAAGCAAGUCGAUGCCACUAAUAUACUCUCUGAAAUGAAAUAUCCCAAAGUGCAGAAAUACUGUUUGAUGAGUGUCAAGGGCUGCUACACUGACUUCCAUAUCGAUUUUGGGGGCACUUCUGUAUGGUAUCACGUUCACAGAGGGGGCAAGGUCUUUUGGCUGAUUCCUCCAACACCUCACAAUUUGGACCUGUAUGAGAAGUGGGUCUUAUCUGGAAAGCAAAGUGACAUUUUUCUGGGUGAUCAAGCAGAUGGGUGCCAAAGGGUUGAGCUGAAACAAGGUUACACAUUCUUCAUUCCAUCAGGAUGGAUUCAUGCUGUUUACACCUUGGAGGAUACGCUGGUGUUUGGUGGGAACAUUCUCCAUAGCUUUAACAUUCCCAUGCAGCUAACUGUCCAUGAUAUUGAAAAUAGAACAAAGGUUCAUGCAAAAUUCCGCUAUCCUUUCUACUAUGAGAUGUGCUGGUAUGUCUUAGAAAGAUAUGUGUACUGCCUAACCAAGCGCUCUCACCUAAAUAAGGACUUCCAAAGGGAAUCGAUGCUAAUUGAUGCGGAGAGAAAGCAAAGCACCGAGAGUUUCUCUUCAGAUUCUCGACUAGAAAUGGAUGAAGAAUCCUGUGACACUCCGGUGAAAGAAGAAUGUGCUGAUGGCCUAGAGAAGUGUGCCAAGCCCUCAAUAGAUGGACCUCAUUCUCCUGGUAGUGUGCUUCCUGAAACAAAAGACAAGAAAAUUAAGCCUACUCCUACACGGCACUUGAAGCGAACACUGUCCAACGAGUCUGACGACAGCACAAAGUCAAAUAUAGCCAUGGAUUUUCCUAAAACUCCGUCAGGUUCCCCAGUUUCUGAAACCUCAAACAAAUGGACUCAUUUGACAGAGUUUGAACUGAAAGGCUUGAAGGCACUGGUGGAGAAGCUGGAAUCUUUACCAGAGAAUAAAAUGUGUGUUCCUGAAGGCAUUGAGGAUCCCCAGGCUUUGUUAGAAGAUAUGAAGGUAGUUUUGAAAGAGCAUAGUGAAGAUGAUGCAAACCUUGCCAUUACAGGAGUGCCUGUUGUUUGCUGGCCCAAAAAAACUGCUAAGCAAAAGUCUGGGGGACGACCGAAAGGUAAGCUUGGAGCAUCAACAGCAGUCAAGCUGGCAGCAAACCGGACCACAGCAGGAGCCCGCCGGAGACGGACAAGGUGCCGAAAGUGUGAAGCAUGUUUACGGACAGAGUGUGGGGAGUGUCACUUCUGUAAGGACAUGAAGAAAUUUGGGGGCCCAGGAAGAAUGAAGCAGUCCUGUAUCAUGAGGCAGUGUAUUGCUCCUGUGCUUCCCCACACUGCAGUUUGCCUUGUUUGUGGUGAAGCAGGGAAGGAGGAUACCGUUGAUCAAGAGGAGGAGAAGUUUAAUAUCAUGUUGAUGGAGUGCUCCAUUUGCAAUGAGAUUGUGCAUCCAGGUUGCCUCAAGGUAAAGGAUGCAGGUGGUGUAGUGAACGAGGAGCUUCCAAACUGUUGGGAAUGCCCAGUCUGCAACCAUGCUGGAAAAACUGGGAAAGCCUACAAGCAAAAGAGAGGCCCAGGGUUUAAGUACGCGUCCAACCUGCCGGGUUCACUGCUGAAGGAGCAGAGAGUGAACAAGGAUGUGAAGGAGGAAAAUGAUUCGACUACUCCUGUGAAAAGAAAAGUGGAACCUGAAGAUAGCCUAAAGCGGAAAUCUGAGGAACCACCUAAGAAACGAGCAGCACCAUUGCCAGCAGAUGCCUUGCUUAGAAGCAAUUCUGAGGAGACACCAUUGAAGAAGAAAAGGAGGCCAUUGGACAAGAGUGUAGACCCCACAGUUAGGAAGAGGAGGAGGUCCUUGAAAUCCUCGGAUGACAGACUGGCAAUUCCAAAGCCUUUACGACAGCUUAAAUCAGAAGAAGAUGAUGAUGAUGACGAAGAUGAAGAUGACAAAGAGGAAGAUGAAGAUGAUAAUGCUGGAGAGAAAGACAAUGAAGAGAUGGAAGAGGAUCUUCCUGAAACACCUUUAAAGUCCCUGGCAACUAGAGAAAGUGAUCAGUCUCAGUCAAGCUCUCCUCGAGCUGGUCCUAGCUGUGAAAGUGGCACUGAACUGCAAGAAAAGAAUAAAGCGCGGGUGAGGAGGAAACGCAGGCUUCCCAGCAAAGAACUAAGCAAGGAGCUGAGUAAAGAGCUCAAUCAGGAGAUCCAAAAAACUGAGGACUGUUUGGCAAAUGAAAACUGCCAACCUUUAAAAUCUGAGCCCGAGAGUGAGAAUGAGGAGCCUAAAAGACCCCUGAGCAAUAGUACAGCAUGCAGUGAAAGGCUUCAUCAGAGUCCAAGAGAAAUGAAUGGAACUCCCCGAGAGCUAAGUCAUAACCAGCAGCUCUCCCCUCUUGGGGUCAGUAAGAGUCCACUUGGCACCCCAGUUUCUGCACGUCCCCCUCCAUCUCGCUCACCUCCUAAAUGCAUGCAGAUGGAACGCCAUGUGAUCCGGCCGCCACCUAUCAGCCCGCCCCCUGACUCCCUGCCCCUGGAUGAUGGGGAAGCUCAUGUGAUGCGCAGGGAAGUCUGGAUGGCUGUAUUCAGCUACCUCUCUCACAAAGAACUGUGUGUCUGUAUGAGUGUCUGCAAGACCUGGAACAGAUGGUGUUGCGACAAACGACUGUGGACUAAAAUUGAUCUCAAUCGAUGUAAAUCCAUCACUCCACUUAUGCUCAGUGGAAUAAUCAGAAGGCAACCUGUGUCAUUAGACUUAAGUUGGACAAACAUAUCAAAGAAACAGUUAAGCUGGCUUAUUAAUCGAUUACCAGGUCUCCGGGUGCUGCUGCUAGCAGGCUGUUCAUGGGUGGCAGUUUCUGCACUUUGUACCUCCAGUUGCCCUUUGCUGCGGACUCUGGAUGUCCAGUGGGUAGAAGGUUUAAAAGAUGCUCAAAUGAGAGACCUGCUUUCUCCUCCAACAGAUAACAGGCCAGGACAAAUAGACAAUCGAAGUAAACUCAGAAAUGUUGUAGACUUGCGUCUGGCAGGAUUGGAUAUUACUGAUGCUUCGCUUCGUCUUAUUAUCAGACACAUGCCUUUACUUUCACGAUUGGAUCUCAGUUACUGUAACCACAUAACUGACCAGUCUAUUAACAUUUUAACUGCUGUAGGAACUACAACUCGGGAUUCUCUAACAGAGAUUAAUCUGUCAGUUUGCACUAGGGUUACUGACCAGUGCCUGACCUACUUCAAACGCUGUGGGAACAUCUGUCACAUUGACUUGCGGUACUGCAAACAAGUCACGAAGGAGGGCUGUGAACAGUUCAUAGCAGAGAUGUCUGUAAGCGUACAGUUUGGACUGUUAGAGGAAAAGCUGCUGCGAAAACUCAGCUAGUUAACAAUGGACACUUU